CAGUGUUUGUGCACUGGAGGCUUCAAGUUUCUACAUCACACAUGUGUAAGUUGAAUAACGGAUCAGGAUUGGUUCCGAACUAUUUCCUGUUUGUAGGCCUUAUAAACUCAGAUUUUCAGUGAGCACAGAGAAACUUUCCUCUUUCAGCAGAUGAAUGUGAAAACAGCUUCUAGCGUCAAACUCUGCACAAACAUCAUUCUACAAUGUGAAGCUCGAACAUCCAACUGUAGCAACAAGAAGAAAAACACAUUUUUGAGUGGAGGCGGACUUUAAGGUACAUGGUAGAUUAACACAAAGACAGGAUGCUGUGAUGCACCUGUUGACUUCCAUUUAAGAGCUCCAAAAAAGUUACAAUAAGUUUCCACAAUAUGCAAUUUGUCAAAAUAUUGCUAAAUUACUUUAAAGCUGGUCUAUGUAGGGUAACUAACAACAUCCACAAGUUACAUAAUAACAAAACUUAAAGUAACAGUACAGUACAAGAAAAGAAGAGUGGUAAAGUCAGACUCAUAGUAAAGUCAGUUACACAUAAAUGUCCUGCUAACAUUAGCCACCAUAUAAACUGCUGCUAAUACCAGACAGCAGCAAAAUACAUGUGUAUUGAAUUGAGUAAGGUUUGUUUUAUUUAUUUAUGAAUCCAACUUGUGUACGAGGAAGAUCAGAAUCAUCUUCACUAGCCAAGUACGUUUAUUCAUUGAAACCUUGUACACUCUAAGUAGAACUGACACUGAAGAAAAAAACAAAACAAAACACUUGGCUGGAUGCCAGGUUAUCACAGCAGCCAUCAAGCAGCCCAACAAGAUAUUCAGCUUGUCUUCCACCGCAAAUGUUAGUGUACACACCUAUAAGGUUUUUUAAAAAAACCAUUAUCCGCAUACCACACGCUGUUGUGGUAUCCGACCUGGCGCUGUCUCCUUCCCUCAGACUCCUAUAAAAUGCCAGUUGUCUCAGGCAGAGGCACUCCUCGUACAGACUCUGUCUCAGACUCUCCAGCUCUGCGCAUCACCUCCAGGUCAACCUCCACCUCCACCUGUCGCCAUGUCUGUCUCUGUGGAACGGCAAACCAGCUACAGCAACCGCAGCAUCUCCAGCUCCAGCAGCGUCAGCCAGAGCGGAGGGAUGCAGCUCGUCGGAGGCGGACAGAGCCGCAUCUCCACCGCGAUUUACAAGGGGCGCGCGCCCAGCGUGUACGGGGGCGCGGGAGGUUAUGGGACCCGCAUCUCCCAGUCCACCUCAGUCUUCUCCUCCGGGUCCGGGUCCGGGUACGGCUCCGACUUUGCAGUGGUCACCAACGAGAAGGUGACCAUGCAGAACCUCAACGACCGCCUGGCCUCCUACCUUGAGAAGGUGCGUUCCCUGGAAAGUGCCAACAAGAACCUGGAGCUGCAGAUCAGACAGUUCUAUGAGAAGAGAUGUGUUAUUACCCAUGACUUCAAAGGCUUUUUUGCCACCAUCAGUGAUCUCCGAGCUCAGAUUGCAAGGAGAUAUUCAGAGAAUCAAAGUGUCAUCCUGCAGAUUGACAAUGCUCGACUGGCAAUGGAAGACUUUAAAAUGAAGUAUGAGGUGGAGUUAAACCUGCGUAUGUCAGUGGAGGCUGAUGUGACUCGUCUCCGAGGGGUCCGGGACGCCCUGACUCUUUCCAUCAGUGACCUGGAGAUGCAGAUUGAAAGUCUGAAAGGGGAGCUGGCGUAUAUCAAGAAUAGCCAUGAGGAGGAGAUGAAGCACGUAAGGGUCCAGCAGAGUGGCGCUGUGGAGGUCAAGGUGGACAGUGCAGACUCUGUGGAGCUACCAACAGUCCUGGAGGAAAUGAGGAAACAGUAUGAAGAGCUGGUGAUCAAGAACAAGCAGGACGCUGAGAAAUGGUUUCAAAAUAAGAUGGACGCUCUCCAGACACAAAUCGUCACUUGCACAACAGAGGUGAAGACAUUUUCUUCGCAGCUCUCAGAGCUGAAGAGAACCUACCAGGGUUUGGAGAUUAAUUGCCAAAGCUCCCACUCACAGAUUCAGUGCCUGCAACAGAAUCUAGCAGACACAAAUAGUCGAUACAGUGUUCAGCUCAGCCAGCUGCAGCAGACCAUCAACACGCUGGAGGUGGAGCUGCAGCAGAUGAGAGACUCCCUCGAGCAUCAGAGAAGCGAAUACAACAUGCUGCUGGACAUCAAGAUGCGCCUGGAAAUGGAGAUCGCUGAGUACAGGAGACUGCUGGAUGGACAUUCUGAACAAAAGGCGGUGGUCAUCAGCAAGGUGGUGGAACGAGUGGAAGAGCGUAAACCCCACGUCGAGAGGCGAGUGAAGACCAUCGUGGAGGAAAUCAUUGAUGGAAAGGUGGUGUCUUCCGUUGUUGACACUCAAGUGGAGGACCUUCAGUAACAACUCUGCUGAUGCUACGCUUUUAUGAUGAUUUGGCCACUAAUUAGUUAAUAAUUGAUUCCCUUAAUACCUGCUUAAUGAAUUAUUUACUACAGUCAUCUGUUAUGUUCAGCUUUUCUGUCUACAGGUUAUAUUAUAAUAUCCAAAAUCCAAACUAUAUUAAAAAAGCACAUUUGCUUAUUAAGGGGGAGGGGAGGUUGCCUUUGCAUAUUCUCUCUUUCCUUUUUUAUUGCAUUUUUAUAGCGAGGUGGGAGUAAGUAAUGAGAUUUUUGUGGUGAAUGCUCAAUAUGGGGUCAAAUUAUGAUCAAAAUCCAGGAAAUAAAGAUGAAAAUGUGUGUUUAAUCACAAAUCAAAAAGGGUUUUGUGCUUUUCAAAUAGCAUAAUUUAACCACAGAUGGUAUAACUUACUGUUUAAAACAAAAUCAUGUUUUGGACACACAAAUAACAAUCGUAAAAGUGUUGAGACAUUUGUUCUUACACCAAUAUCAGAUACUGUUAAAAAAAAACACAUUGCUAUGUAGAGAAACCUACAUGAACAAUGCAACUUCUCAAUCUUUUAGAUUGGCUCCCUGCUACAGUAUCAAGCCAGUUUUAGGUCUCGGAAAGAAAAUGAUAGAAGUUCAAUAAUAUUUUGCUGCAAGAGCUUAAGGUUGGGUGUCUUCUGUAUUUUUCCUGUGUGGAUACUCUGGUGACAAUCACAACAAUAUACAAUAAAACCUAAUUAAAUGUUAAUUCUUAA